GUUAUCCACCCAUUUUAUCAUCUUUAUCAUCAUCAAAACCUCCCUAUCUCAUUCCUCCAUGUCCAUCAAAAUAUGCAUUUCACAACUCACUUUGAUUCUCCUAUUAACAUCAACGAUCCUACACAACCAUGUCCAUGCAACAAGUCCGAUCAAAACCAUCGUUGUUGUUGUUAUGGAGAAUAGAUCGUUCGACCACAUGCUUGGAUGGAUGAAGAAACUCAACCCGGACAUCAACGGUGUAGACGGGUCAGAGUCAAACCCGGUCUCGGCUUCAGACCCGUCCUCUAAAAAGAUCAACUUCGGUUCGGGUUCGCAUUACGUGGAUCCGGACCCUGGUCAUUCGUUUCAGGCUAUAAGAGAGCAAGUGUUCGGGUCAAAUGAUACAACCAUGGAUCCUCCACCGAUGAAUGGGUUUGUUCAACAAGCUUAUUCAGAAGACCCUAGUGGUAACAUGUCGGCAAGUGUUAUGAAUGGUUUCGAACCUGACAAGGUUCCUAUCUACAAGUCUCUUGUCUCUGAGUUCGCUGUUUUCGAUAGAUGGUUUGCAUCGGUACCAUCAUCAACACAACCAAACCGCAUGUUCGUGCACUCAGGGACUUCAGCAGGAGCAACCAGCAACAACCCUGUCGAACUUGCAAAGGGUUAUCCUCAAAGAACCAUUUUUGACAACCUUGACGAUGAAGAUAUCUCUUUUGGAAUAUACUACCAGAAUAUUCCGGCUGUAUUGUUUUAUCGGAGCUUAAGGAAACUCAAAUAUGUGUUUAAUUUCCAUAGCUAUGGACUCUCUUUUAAAGAUCAUGCAGAGAAAGGUAAGCUCCCUGCUUACACUGUGAUUGAGCAACGUUACAUGGAUACUAUCUCGGAACCAGCGUCUGAUGAUCAUCCUUCCCAUGAUGUCUACCAAGGACAGAAGUUUAUAAAAGAAGUGUACGAGACUCUAAGAGCAAGUCCACAAUGGAAUGAAACACUAUUACUAAUCACUUACGACGAGCACGGUGGAUACUUCGACCACGUACCCACACCGGUUCGAAAUAUUCCUAGCCCGGACGGUAUAGUUGGACCAGAACCAUUCCUAUUCCAAUUCAACCGGUUAGGUAUUCGAGUCCCAACAAUAGCAGUGUCUCCAUGGAUAGAGAAAGGAACGGUCGUACAUGGACCAAACGGUUCUCCAUUUCCAUCGUCCGAGUACGAACACUCUUCGAUCCCCGCGACAGUCAAGAAACUAUUCAACUUAACAUCACCUUUCCUAACAAAGAGAGAUGAAUGGGCCGGAACGUUCGAGAACAUCUUGCAAAUCAGGAAAGAGCCUAGAACUGAUUGUCCCGAGACAUUACCCGAACCGGUUAAGAUAAGAAUGGGUGAGGCUAAUGAGAAAGCUUUGUUAACUGAGUUUCAACAAGAGCUUGUACAACUAGCUGCUGUUCUAAAAGGUGAUAAUAUGCUCACAACGUUUCCUAGAGAAAUAAGCAAAGGGAUGACAGUUAUUGAAGGGAAGAGGUAUAUGGAAGAUGCUAUGAAACGGUUCUUAGAGGUUGGUCGUUUAGCUUUUGCCAUGGGAGCUAAUAAAGAAGAGCUUGUUCAUAUGAAACCUUCCCUCACUGAAAGAAGACCUUAAGUUUUAUAGUUUCCAUUACAUAUAUAUAAGUCAAAUACAGAUGAACAAAAAAAAAAUAUAUAUAAGUCAAAUACCAAAUAUUUUAUAUAUAUUUAGUCUUAUUAAUAAACUGAUAUAUU